UUAAGUCGCGUACACAUCUGGCGAACGCAUGUGGCCGAAGCCUUUCGACCGAACGCCGUCGGUAAAUGUGUACGACCUAUCAAACGCAUGUGUUUGCCUUCGCGAGAGUUCGGUCACUGGGCGGUACAUCAAAAGAAAAUUGAAGAAUGAAUUCGAUUGGCUGUGUUUAGCGAUAAUGGAGUGGACUAAUUCCUCUUGUUUAACACUUAUUGGUUUAUAUCGAGAACGGGAAGUUUUAUGGACUAAAGCAUAUUGUACAUAACUAUUGAACUCACCUUAACGUAUUCUUGAAGCGUCUCAAUUAUAGCAGAGCAAACUUCUGGUAUUAUCCUUGACAUGAGUUGUUUUGAAAUUUUAAAAGUAUACAUUAAACUUGUAUAUGAGUCACCAGUAGCUAAAUAUCGUAGGGUUAACAUUAACCUUUCUGUUGACGGUAUUGCUUCUCUAAACUUUGUAUCUUGUUUCGCGAUUUUUGGACCGAUUUCAUUUAAUAACCAUUCAAAAUCAGUAGACUUCAUUCUACAAAAAUUUACAAAAAGUCCGUAUUCCAUUUCAGCUUUUAGAUCACUAAUUAAGUCUAUCCCUCUAUACCGACUUCUGCUUUUGAACAAUGAUGUUGUCCACCAGCGCCGUUUUCGUCGUUUCUUGGGGGGCUCUUUCAAUGCUUCGGUCUCCGCCUCACUAAUAAUAAUAUACAACGCACUUGCAAUAAUUAUAUUCUCAUCAUCGGACGCCAUUUUUUACCAUUUACAAAAAUACCCGCGAACCUCGACGAAUGACUGCAAACGAAUUCGUUCACCGUAAUGUGGACGGCAGAGCAAAUUUUCCAUCGAACGUCGAAAUCAUCGAAUGAACUCGAUCGAAGAGCUUCAGCCACAUGCGUUCGCCAGAUGUGUACGCGCCUUAAAG